CGCGAGGCCGGGGAGACCCCAGGACGCCCACGGCUGCCGCCCGGUGCCAGAAGACGACCUGGGCUUAAGUUUGAGUAGGUGGAAGCCAGAAUGCCUAGACAUGCUACAGUGCACGGUGGAGUCCGGAGCAUGGAGGAAACGUCCUGUAUGCUACAUAUGCCGGAGUGCCUGGCUGGAUGUCUCUCUGAGCCUGCUUCUGUGUAAAUUUAAAGACAAUGGCAUUUAAUGAUUGCUUCCGUUUGAACUACCCUGGCAACCCCCACCCAGGGGACUUGAUUGAAGUGCUCCGUCCUGGCUAUCAGCACUGGGCCCUGUACUUGGGUGAUGGUUAUGUCAUCAACAUAGCGCCUACAGACGGCUUUCCUGCGUCAUUUACAAGUGCCAAGUCUAUAUUUAGCACAAAGGCUCAGGUGAAGAUGCAGCUUUUGAAGGAUGUUGUGGGAAAUGACACAUACAGAAUAAACAAUAAAUAUGAUGAAACGUAUCCCCCUCUCCCUGUGGAAGAAGUCUUGCAACGAUCAGAGUUUGUGAUUGGACGGGAAGUGUCAUAUGACAUAUUUGUCAACAAUUGUGAACAUUUUGUGACUCUGCUCCGCUAUGGAGAAGGAAUUUCAGAGCAGGCCAACCGAGCAAUAAGUGCCAUUGGGUUUGUGACAGCUGCUGCUGCUGCCUUCUCAUUCCUGGGCUUGUUUCCAAAAAGACAGAGAGCAAAAUACUACUAACAAUUUACUGAAGAGAUGUUGAGACUGAAGGAAUUUAUGAGGAGAAAAAAAAAAAAAACCUGGGUGAAUACUUACUUUCAAUGCAUUAUGAUUGUUUAAAUUCCAAAGAGGGAUGCGGUCUCUUUAAUAAAUUGCU